AUGUCUCUAGAAACGGGGCUCUAUUUUAUCCAGGCCAAAUCCACACAUUAUAAUGUGGGACGAUAUUAUGUCGAAGACCGAUCACUCCUACCGAAGAGAGUUCUAAGUCUUUCCCAAGCCGUAGGAGGCCUGCCUUCAGAAUGGCUCGUUGAGAAGACCGGCGAUAGGACAUACCGUAUGAAGGCCCAGGACACCUACACCGGAGUAAUCGAUGACAAAUUGUAUGCUUUUCUGUUGCCGGAACCUGCACCUGUUGACUGGGUGAUCAAAGCCCACCCCGAACAUGGUGAUAAUGUAUACAGUAUUGAAACUGAGAGCGGCGAAGGCUGGACUGUUGAGGGUCAAUCAGAAUCCCAGGUCAGCAUUAAUCAACUUGUACAAGGCUCCUGA